GCUGUAGUGAGAACGGGUCGUGUUGAUUGCAGAAGUCAUCAUGGCGCUCACGUCCACAGUCAAAGAGCACCCAUACAGCCAUCUAACUGACACACUGAACGAUGGAAGGAUCAAGUUCUUCAAUCCACAUAAAUUAAAUGAUCCAAGAUAUGACAAGCUGCCUCUAUCCAUCCGUGUCUUACUGGAGGCAGCAAUUCGUAACUGCGAUGGCUUUUACACAAAAAAGGAAGACGUCCAGAACAUCUUGGACUGGCAGCAGCAGCAGGAUAAAGCCGAGGUGCCGUUCUCUCCAGCUCGAGUCCUCCUGCAGGACUUCACUGGUAUUCCAGCCAUGGUGGACCUGGCAGCCAUGAGGGACGCUGUAGCCAAACAUGGUGGGGACCCAGGCCUGGUCAACCCGAAAUGCCCCACAGACCUCAUAGUAGACCACUCGUUACAGAUUGAUUAUAGCAAAUGUGCCAUACAGAAUGCUCCCAACCCUGGUGGAGGAGACAGUCCAAGCCAGAGCCACGGCCCUUCUCGCUCAGUACCCAGGCCUCCGUCCAGAGGAGGCUCACAGUGUGGAGGCCAGCGGGGCUCCUGUAGUAAAGCUGCCUGCAGCGACUCUCCUGCCUCCCCAGGUCGACCUUCAGCUUCUGUCCAACAGAUUGAGAACACACCUCUCCUCUGCCCUUUCCACCUGCAGCCCGUCUCCGAAACUGAAACAGCUGUGAAGAAUCAGGAAAUGGAACUAAUCAGAAACAAAGAAAGACUUCAGUUCUUCAAGUGGUGUUCAAAAGCAUUUAAGAAUGUGAACGUGGUCCCCCCGGACGUUGGCACAGUCCACCAGGUGAAUUUGGAGUAUCUGUCCAGAGUGGUGCAGCUCAGCGACGGUUUCAUCUACCCUGACAGCGUCGUGGGGACUGACUCUCACACCACCAUGAUCAAUGGCCUGGGCAUCCUUGGCUGGGGUGUUGGAGGAAUUGAGUCGGAAGCUGUGAUGCUGGGUCAGCCAGUAUCUCUGUCCCUUCCUCAGGUGGUGGGCUGUAAGCUGGUGGGCUCCAUUAACCCUCUGACCACAUCCAUAGACAUCGUCCUCGGCAUCACAAAGCACUUGCGACAAGCUGGUAUUGCUGGGAAGUUUGUUGAGUUUUUUGGACCUGGCGUUUCCCAGCUAUCGGCUCCUGACCGAACCACCAUUGCCAACAUGUGCCCAGAAUACAACGCCACUGUUAGCUUCUUCCCUGUCGACCAAGUCACACUCGAGCACUUUAAAAAGACAAAUUUUGCCCAAGAAAAACUUGAAUUGUUGGAGUCUUACAUGAAGGCUGUAAAACUUUUCCGAAGCUAUGAAGACACCUCUGAAGACCCCGAGUACUCUGAGGUGAUUGAGUUUGACCUGAGCUCCAUGGUUCCCCAUGUCAGUGGGCCAAAGAGGCCUCAGGACAGAGUGGCAGUGAGCAGCAUGAAAGAAGACUUCCAGAGUUGUCUUGAUGAGAAGGUGGGUUUUAAAGGCUUCCACAUCCCUAAGGAGAAGCAGGAGACCUGUGUUCCUUUCCUGCACUGUGGUCAGGAGUACCAGCUGGCCCAUGGCUCAGUGGUCAUCGCUGCUGUUAUCAGCUGCACCAACAACUGCAACCCAUCUGUCAUGCUGACUGCAGGUCUUCUGGCCAAAAAGGCUGUGGAGGCCGGGCUUGUCGUCAAGCCUUACAUUCGGACCAGCCUGGCUCCUGGAAGUGGCAUGGUCACUCACUACCUCAAUACCAGUGGAGUCCUGCCUUACUUAAGCCAGCUGGGGUUUGAGGUGAUAGGUUACGGCUGUGCCACCUGUGUAGGGAACACGGCACCGUUACCAGAAGCUGUCGUAGAUGCAAUCAAACAGGGGAAUCUGGUGGCCUGCGGUGUGCUAUCUGGCAACAGGCACUUUGAAGGGCGCCUGUGUGACUGUGUGCGUGCCAACUACCUGGCCUCCCCUCCCCUGGUGGUGGCUUAUGCUAUUGCAGGCACUGUGGGAAUCGACUUUGAGAAAGAGCCUUUGGGUUUCACAUCAGAGGGGAAGGAGGUGUAUCUUCGUGAUAUCUGGCCGUCCAGAGAGGAGGUCCAACAGACUGAAGAGGACACAGUCAUCUCCUCCAUCUUUAAGGAUCUCAGAGGAAGGAUGGAGAAAGGGAACACAUUUUGGAACAACAUCGAGUGUCCAGACUCUGUAGUUUUCCCCUGGGAUCACAAGUCCACAUAUAUCCGUUCACCAUCUUUCUUCAGCAAAUUGAGUAAAGAGGUGCCUCCUCCUCAGUCGAUAGAAAACGCUCAUGCCUUACUGUUCCUCGGGGACAAAGUGACCACGGACCACAUCUCACCAGCAGGCAGCAUCGCCAGGGUUAGCGCUGCUGCCAAGUACCUGCAGAGCAAACGACUGACACCGCGAGAGUUCAAUUCGUAUGGCGCUCGCAGAGGGAAUGAUGCAGUGAUGACCAGAGGCACGUUUGCCAGCAUCAAGCUCCAGAAUCGAUUCAUCGGCAAACCAGGCCCAAAGACUUUGCACAUUCCUUCAAACCAGACACUGGACGUCUUUGAGGCAGCUGAUCGCUAUCAGAGAGACGGUGUUCCCCUCAUCAUCCUGGCAGGCAAAGAUUACGGCUCUGGAAACUCCAGGGACUGGGUAGCCAAAGGACCAUACCUGCUGGGGGUGCGUGCAGUCAUUGCUGAGAGCUUUGAGAAGCUGCACAAAAACCAGCUGGUGGGAAUGGGCAUCAUGCCGCUCCAGUUUCUGUCCGGCCAGAACGCUGACUCGCUGGAGCUCAGUGGGAAGGAGAGAUUCAGCAUCAUCCUGCCAGAGAGCCUGAGUCCGAGGCAGCAGCUCACUGUCAAGACUGGCCAAGGAAAGUCCUUUGACGUCACCGCUCUUUUUGACACUGAGAUGGACAUUCUCUUUUUCCAACACGGAGGGCUUCUCAGAUACGUUGCCCGGACUUUGCUCUGAAACAGCCUGCAGCCUGAUCCCCAACCUGCUGAAUGUGCAGUAGGUCCACGAACAGCAGCCCCUCUUCAUUUAGUGUCCUCAGCAUGGACGACAAAGGCUCACAGAAGCAACACGAGAGCAGAUGUUUUGUCCGUUUGAGCUGGAUUAGCGUCUCCAGACUUUUGAAAGUCAGUUUAAAGACCUGAUGUAAGACCUGUACCAGAGCUGCUUCUAAGUCACUACACGAGACUGUUUCUACAUUGGCGACAGCAGUCCUCACAAGAACAUAAAAACCAACGCAAGAAGAAAUGGUGACAUUCACUCAGCAAGGAGAUUGGAUCCUAGACAACCUUCGAACAUAGCUUUUUUGUGUUUAGUUGUUGGCAUUCUGAGAGGACUUUUCUUUUAUCAUGGAAGUUAGCCAACAAGAACGUGAUUCUGGUUCUGUUGUCAUUUAACUUAAAAACAAUCCUGCCGAGACGGGCGAGGUACGAUGGCAUGAAUACGUUGUUUUUAGGGUGCAGUACAACCUGUUUUUUCUCCACUCAUCCAAGUCAAGUAUUGUGAAUUUCAGAAAUUUGCAGAAUUGAUGUCAGUCCCCAGUAUUUCUUAUUGGGGCCAAACAACGUGAUGUAAAUUUAAAAUGCUGUUAAUAUUUCUUUAAUCAAACAUUUUUGCAGAAAGUACACCUGCUUCCUAAUAGUCACUUUUUAUUGUGAAAAAAAAUGUAAACUUCUUUUGUUUGCUGUCACUGGUUAGCACCUACAUAAAGAUGGCUCCUACUUCAACCGACAGUGCUCUGCAUCACAUCAAAGGUCAAAUAAAACAGUUUUCCAGCACUGAGAGGUUAGCUGUUUCCACUGUUGGUGCUAAGCUAAUCUACUGCUGGCCGUAGCUUCAGUCUUAAUUUGCACACAAUGGGCAUCGAUCUUCUCAUCUCAGCAAGACGGUGAAUUAUAAUAUUCCCCGCUGUCACACUAGUCCUUUAAGAGACUUGCUUUAACAACUGGUUUUAUUUUUUGACACGUUACUGAGAUUUGGCACCAAGUGAUAGACUUAAAGUGUAAUUGUAGCGCUUUGUCUCUUUUUCAUGCCACUGUGUGAUGUGCGUCAUUGGAUGGGAUCAGCUCUCAGACUUGUUAAGUACUGCUAAAGCUCCUUGCAUGAGGAGACUGUCAAUCCAUCAUGCUGAGAACUGAGUGAUAAUCACUGCUUUAUCAUUACCAGCUACAUUGCAGUUUGCAGAUUUGAAGUGAAUGGACACCAGCCCUGCCUAUAAAACAUCACAAGUCCCAUGUGUUGAGGUCCUGGACUUGUCUUUAAGUCAUCGUACUUCUUUGUGUCGGCUCUGAUUUGACAUCAUGCAUGUUGGAACCACUCUGACUCAGUAUUUAGGUAGAUAACAGCUCAUUCUGAAAUCCUCCAUCCAGUGUAAUAAUAACAUGGACUGGAGCCUUUGUGCAUUUAUGUUUUCUAGAGAGCAUGACAUCGUGCUGGCUUGAUAACUUCUGGAUUCAUACCUGCAGUUGCGUGCAAGAUGUCAAAACCAUUAUCUGCCUGAAACUUUUGCAAAACCGUCCUUCAUUUUGAGACUUAGCAAAGACGGUGUUUUGCUUUGUCUGACUGCCAAAACGAGCUGAAGCAAGUAGCGAGCAUGUUCUUUGUUCUUUGGGUGCCUCAUAUAAACACUGGUCUCUCAUACGGCUUCAUAUUCCAGGACACACCUGGUCUUUUUAGUUCCUCAGCUAAGCCGGCCUGCCCGAUUUUACAUUUUGCCUUCUUAGUUUUAGCAGGUUGUUGUUAUUUGUCAGUAAUAGCAGGAUGAAACAUGGACCGAAUCGUCUGGCAGUUAGCUGGUCCACUGCUGCUGCUUCUAUUAUCUCACUGUCGGGAGGCAACGUAUGCAACACAAUUGUAUCGCUGCACACACGAGAGGGUGUCUGUAUCUCUGAAUCAUAUUGUAAAUAGUUUUUAAUAAAUGGUAAAGCAAA